AUGAGCCCUAGCAAUCGGAUACGUGAACAGCGCGAGAGUCUACCGACAUUCGAAUACAAAGACGAGCUCAUCGAAGCCAUCAAAGAAUACAAUGUGCUAGUGGUGAUUGGUGAAACGGGCUCUGGUAAAACGACACAGAUUCCACAGUAUAUCCUUGAAAGCAUGCCUGAUGUAAAGAGGAUUGGUGUGACACAGCCAAGACGUAUUGCAGCCAUUACAGUGGCCAAGCGUGUGAGCGAGGAACAAGAUGUGGCACUUGGCACCAAAGUGGGAUACACGAUCCGUUUCGAUGACACGACAUGUCCCGAGACUCAACUCAAAUACAUGACGGAUGGCGUAUUAUUGCGUGAGGCGACCGAGGAUCCCAGCCUUAGCCAGUAUUCGGUUGUGAUUAUUGACGAAGCCCAUGAACGUACGCUUGAGACGGAUGUUUUAUUUGGAUUGUUGAAAAAGACGCAGCGACUGCGACCCGAUUUGAAGGUGUUGAUCAUGUCAGCUACGCUGGAUGUGGAAAAGUUUUCAGACUUUUUUGGCGAAUGCCCCAUCUUUGAGAUUCCAGGACGCACGUUUCCAGUCCAAGUGGUUUAUUACAAGGAUGCUCAACGCUUGUCAUCACUGAAAUCAUCCAUGGUGGAUCACGCUGUCGAAGCGGCAUGGCAUAUCCACACGCACGAGCCACCUGGUGACCUGCUGGUGUUCUUGACAGGCCAAAGUGAUAUCGAAAGAGCAUGUCGUGCCUUUGCAGAACGUACAAAGUCGCUUGAUUAUCAACGAUCGGUGAAACAUUUUGAGGAUGGGGUAAGCGAUGUUGCCAUCUAUCCACUUUAUGCGAGUCUCGAGACAUAUGAUCAAAAAGCAGUGUUUGAACUUCCAAGGGAUGGCGUUCGUAAAGUAGUCUUUGCCACCAACGUUGCUCAGACUUCGGUUACAAUUCCUGGUAUUCGUUACGUGGUUGAUUCAGGCUUUGUCAAGGAGAAGACCUAUGAUCCCAAUACUGGUAUGGAUGCUUUACUUGUAACGGAGAUCAGCCAAGCUGCUGCUAUACAACGUGUGGGUCGAGCUGGAAGAACUGCCCCUGGUAAAGCAUAUCGACUCUAUACACCUGACAGCUACAAUCACAUGAUGGUGGAUACGGUGCCUGAGAUCCAACGCAGCAGUUUAUUGGGAACCGUUCUCGCUUUGAAAAAGAUGGGGAUUGUGGAUGUGCUCAACUUUGAAUUCAUUGAUCCGCCCGACGAGAAGUUAUUACGCAAUGCUCUGAAGCAAUUAUAUCUUUUGGGUGCUAUUGAUGAGGUAGGCAAGCUCACCCCUCUUGGAGACAAGAUGAGCUACUUUCCUCUUUCACCUUCCCUUGCUCGUGUCUUAGUGAGCUCGGCGCAAGAAUUCAAGUGUAGCCAUGACGUGUUGACGAUUGCAAGCAUUCUCGCUGGCGAAAAUGAUCUUUUCAAGGCACCCUCGGCUCGCAGCAAAGGUGGUGAGCAAGCCAUGAUUGAAGCAGAGGAAUGCAAGUUACGAUUCGCACAUCAUACGGGUGAUCACAUGACGUAUCUCAAUGUAUGGCAUGAAUGGCAUCGACAUGGCAAGAGCCGGAAUUGGUGUCGCGAGAAUUGGAUCAAUGGCAAGGUGCUUGAUACAGCCAGCAAUGUACGACGACAAUUAGCGGAUGUGAUGGAGAAAUUACGGCUUCCAAUUAUACGUGCGCCGCGUUACCUUGAUGAAAAGAAGAAAAAGUCGUCUCAGCGACGCAAGAUCGGGAUGGAUGAGCAUGGAAAGCAUGUGGACCCAGUGCCUAUUCUCAAAUCAUUCUUAUCCGGUUACUUUACCAACAUUGCCAACAAGGGUGCCCAUCGCAGCGUCUUUUCGCAUUAUUCCCCAGAUCAACACUUGACCGAAGACAUGACGGCAGAAAUAGGCGAUAUCGGCUCAUCGACAGCAUCAUUGGUUGCCUUGCAUUUACAUCCACUAUGUGCAUUUUCAGAUAUGAUUGAUCGACACAAGCUGCGGUAUUCAGAGUUGGAUUGGGUCAUGUACAUGCACGUCACCUACACCAAUAAGGCCGUGAUGAAAGGUGUCAGCAAAAUCCUCUGGGAUUGGAUCAAAUCAGGUGAAGGCCGGGAUCGGAUACAACGGUUACCGAAGACAAGGUUGAACGGCGAGGAUGCACCCAACGUAUUGGAAAUGGAUCAGGAUGCAAAGAACGAGGUCAUUGCAAAGGAAAAGGAGGCCGAAGAAAAACAAGAACAAGAUCGACGAAAACGACGUGCUGAGGAAAUUGAACAAAUUAGACAACGUGCCUUAGCUAGACGACGCGUACAAUAA